UCCCCCGCGGAGCUUGCCGGCCAGCCCGCGCUCCAGCAGAGUCCUUGGUGCUCGCCCGUCGGCGGGACAGACCUCCCGCCUCUGGCCGCUCUCUGGACCCUGGCCGCCCCGAACGGAGACUGGAGCAAAAUGAUGCUUCAACAUCCAGGCCAGGUCUCUGCCUCAGAAGUCAGUGCAUCUGCCAUGGUCCCCUGCCUCUCACCUCCUGGGUCGCUGGUAUUUGAGGAUUUUGCUAACCUGACACCCUUUGUCAAGGAAGAGCUGAGGUUCGCCAUCCAGAAUAAGCACCUCUGCCACCGGAUGUCCUCUGCGCUGGAGUCAGUGACCAUCAACAACAGACCCCUGGAGCUUGCAGUCACCAAAGCUGAGGUGGCCCCUGAAGAAGAUGAGCGGAAAAGGAGGCGGCGGGAAAGAAAUAAGAUUGCAGCUGCCAAGUGUCGAAACAAGAAAAAAGAGAAGACGGAGUGCCUGCAGAAAGAGUCAGAGAAACUGGAGAGUGUCAACGCCGAGCUGAAGGCCCAGAUUGAGGAGCUGAAAAAUGAGAAACAGCACUUGAUAUACAUGCUCAACCUGCAUCGGCCCACGUGUAUUGUCCGGGCUCAGAAUGGGCGGACUCCGGAAGACGAGAGGAACCUCUUUAUCCAGCAGAUAAAAGAAGGGACAUUGCAGAGCUAAACAGCAGCAUCAUGGGGGCAACUGGGGAGUCCUUACCGAAUCCUCCUUUUCCACCCCAAACCCUGAAGCCAUUGGAAAACUGGCUUCCUAUGCACUUCUAGAAUCUCAGCAGCCGAGAGCCGUUGGGGCAGGAGGGCCUGAGGUGACCACUGCCUUGCCCCACUCUGUCCCAGAGUGAACUGUGGCACAGGGCAAGAGCAUCCCUUGGCUCACUAACUCCAGGCUUUAGGCCUUACCAUCCUGGCCGUUCUCAGAUGAUCUAGCUUGACCCCUGGCUGGGGUCCCAUACCAUGCAGGAUGCCCACUAGUGGGAUUCAUGCAGAAGUAGGUGGGGUGGGACCACGUGUCCACUGUAGCUGACACCGUCCCUCCUGGGGAAUGUGGAACGAGAAGGCUCAUUAUCGAGGUUGUCCAAUGGCCAGGGUGUGCUUCUAGAAAAUAACGCUGUUGCGUCUGGAACAACUGUGUACAGGGCAUUCUUUUCAGAACCAGGUGUUGUGCUGUUUGGGUGUUUGUCUUGUACAACCUUGUCAUGAUUUUUCCGGGAGUUUCAUCAGAACCGACUUCUGAGAGUUUGGGGGUCUGCCAUCACGGACAGUAUCCCUCAAAAGCAUUCAGGUGACCACGUGAGCUCGCUUGCCCCAGAGGAGUGAGACUGGCCCGAAGGCCAGCUGUGCCACUUUGUGCUGACAGAGGACGCCCCCUUUCCCUGUACCCACUGCUGAGGAAGAACCUGGCCACGACAGCAGGUCCUUGGCUGCCGACUGUUAUGACGUCACAGAAAGAGGGCACGAAGAAAGUCCAGCUUCCAAAGGGUAGGACUCUCCUUCCCAUUCAGUGACAGGACAGGUGUGAAUUUGGGACUAGAAGAGCCAGAGAUUCUCCAUUUUCCUUUCACAGCCUGUGGAGGAGCAUGUUGGAAGCCAGGUGGAGGGCCAGGCUUGUACGUGGUGGAUGUCAAUGGCACUGUUUUUGUUUUUGAGAUGCGGCCCAGAGCGUUUCAGCUGGGAGGCCCCUCCCUCUGGCCACCAGGACUCUGGCUACUGUUAAAAUUCUGACGUUUCUGUGAAAUCCUCAGAGUAUUUAAUCCUACUUAAUAGUAUCAUUACAACUUUUCUGUGAGAGAAAAUAUUACUUAUUUAUCCCAGUAUUCCUAGCCUGUCAACAUAAUAAAUAUCAGAAUAAGACAU